UACUUUGGAAUCUCAACCCACUGUCUACUGUUUAACCUAACCAAACCAUGGUUAACUUAACCCCAUCAACUCUCCCUUUACUUAUACCACCCAAUCCCCCUCUAACCUCAAUUUUCCCUCUUUCUUUCUACGGUUUCAUUUCUCCGCCUCGAAACCCCACCCUCUCUGUCUGUCGGCAAAACAUCACUUGGUUAACUGGCCUUUCCUUUCAACCAUGAGCUGCAAUGGAUGCCGAGUCCUUCGGAAGGGCUGCAGUGACAACUGUAUUCUCCGCCCCUGUUUGCAGUGGAUUGAUACUCCUGAAGCUCAAGGUCACGCCACUGUUUUUGUGGCUAAAUUCUUCGGCCGUGCCGGUCUCAUGUCCUUCAUCUCUGCCGUACCGGAAAAUCAACGUCCAUCUCUUUUUCAAUCGCUAUUGUUUGAAGCUGCCGGUCGGACCGUGAAUCCAGUGAACGGUGCCGUCGGACUUUUAUGGACAGGGAACUGGCACGUGUGCCAGGCAUCGGUGGAUACAGUCCUCCGAGGAGGUACGUUACGGCCGAUCCCUGAGCUCAAUGAUGGAUUUCCAACGAUGCCAAAACUUGGCGAUUCGUUUCAAACAGAUGCAACCUUCCCUGACAUACUCAAGCUUCAGGAUCCGGUCACACAUCCGCGAUCGAAGGUGCAGAGGCGCCGACGAGCCUGUGAGCCGCCAUCAAACAUGACACAAUCACAAGAUCUCGAUCUCAAUCUAAACCAGAGUUUUCCGGCGGUUAAAGGCUCGCCAGAGAAACGGCGGCAGGGAAGUCCGUCUAUGAAUUCUGAAGACUCCGUGACUACAACGUGUUUGGACGGCGGCUUCGGUGAGUAUAGUUAUAUUCAAGGAGGAGGAGAAGUGCAUCUAUUGAAUCUGUUCAAAUGAUGAGUUCGACCGUCGAUUUUGAUUUACAGGAAGGAAAUAUGUUAUGCCGGAUUUUAGAUUCCGGCGACUUUUGUAGAUCACCGGCACAGGAUUUCCCUCCGUCUCAUAUUUUGGUUUUUGUAAGGAGGGGAAAAUGAAAGUUCGAUGGUGAUUCGUUUUUCAAUUUCGGCGUAGUUUCCUGGGUUUUGGAACCAGAAAAUAAAUAAAUUAAUUUUUUCUUUUAUUUUGUUAAUUUUUGUUAAUAAAAUACUUAGUAUUUUAUUUUCGAACA